AUGAAGCAGCUAAUUCGCCGUCUCUCGAGGGUUGCAGACUCUUCUCAAUAUAGUCUGCUACGCUCCAACUCUCGAUCCACCACAGCCACAUCUCGCCGGAGCUCCGGAAGCUUAAGGUCGACGCGCCGGCGAGGAGCCAAUAAGCCAGUGCCGGAGGGACAUGUGCCGGUGUAUGUUGGAGAUGAGAUGGAGCGGUUUACGGUGAGUGCUGAGCUUUUGAACCACCCGGUAUUUAUAUGGCUUCUGAACAAGUCGGCUCAAGAGUAUGGGUAUGAGCAGAGAGGAGUGCUAAGAAUUCCUUGUCACGUGCUGGUUUUUGAACGAGUUAUGGAGUCGCUCAGACUCGGGCUUGAGUCACGUGACCUUGAGGAUCUACUUGGUUCUUUGUUCUCUUCUGAGGACUGUUUGUGA